CGGGUGCAGGUUCUGUAGGCCGUGCGGAGAGCAGCCUCCCGAGGGCCGCGUGUUCACUACCGCGGAGCGCGGCUGCAGAGCUGCGGGAGCCGGUCGGGGAGCUGAUAGCUGCCCGCCGUUACUCAGCACAACCGGCACCCAUCCCCCCGCUGGCCGGGGCUCGAGGAGCGGCGGUUGGGGAAGCGUGGGGCCGCCGUCUCCCGGAGGAGCGCCAGGUGCAGUGUAAUGCAGGUGUUGAAAUAAAUAUGGGUACUUCAGUAACGGCUUGAACUCAAGUUUUCAUUGCUUUGUGUUCAGCGAAAGGAUCUGGAGGUUAAGAACACACUCAUGUGAAUUCAGUGAAUGACAAACCAGCUCCAGCAUAAUGAAAAUGCUGUUUGCAUUUAGUUGAAGAUGUUCUCCUGAGGAAGUUCAGUAGCCGAGAAGAUGAAUAAUCUUUCAUUUAGUGAACUGUGUUGCCUGUUCUGUUGUCCACCAUGCCCAGGGAAAAUUGCCUCCAAACUGGCAUUCUUACCUCCUGAUCCCACGUACACACUGAUGUGUGAUGAGAGUGGUAGUCGCUGGACUUUACAUCUCUCAGAGCGAGCAGACUGGCAAUAUUCUUCCAGAGAAAAAGACGCCAUUGAGUGUUUCAUGACUAGAACAAGUAAAGGUAACAGGAUUGCCUGUAUGUUUGUGCGUUGCUCACCUAACGCCAAGUAUACUUUGCUCUUCUCACAUGGGAACGCUGUUGACCUGGGUCAGAUGAGCAGCUUUUACAUAGGACUGGGUUCACGAAUUAAUUGCAACAUAUUCUCAUACGAUUAUUCUGGAUAUGGUGCAAGUUCUGGGAAGCCAACAGAGAAGAAUCUGUAUGCUGACAUCGAUGCUGCUUGGGUGGCCCUUAGGACAAGGUACGGAAUCCGCCCUGAAAAUGUGAUUAUAUAUGGCCAGAGUAUAGGAACAGUACCAUCCGUGGAUCUUGCUGCUAGGUAUGAAAGUGCUGCUGUAAUUCUUCAUUCUCCAUUGACCUCAGGAAUGCGAGUAGCUUUUCCUGAUACGAAGAAGACCUAUUGCUUUGAUGCAUUCCCAAACAUUGACAAAAUUUCUAAAAUAACAUCUCCUGUGCUAAUAAUCCAUGGGACUGAAGAUGAAGUAAUUGACUUUUCACAUGGCCUAGCAUUGUUUGAGCGUUGCCAGAGACCUGUAGAACCACUGUGGGUAGAAGGAGCAGGCCAUAAUGAUGUGGAACUCUAUGGACAGUACCUUGAAAGAUUAAAACAGUUUGUGUCACAUGAACUGGUGAACUUAUAAUUUUCUUUGUAGAUUUACAUGCUUUUUCAUUUCAUUGCAGAACUGCAUGCCUUAAUAAAUAUAUAACAUAAAACCUGAAGGUUGUGUUUUCAAAUCAUCUUGGUUGCCUUCAUUAAAUGUACAGGUAAUGAUUUGUCAACAUAAUUAAUGAAGGUUUUAAUGCCAGUAUUAUAAACUGGAAUUACAUGAUCAUGCAGUCAAGCUUGGCAGUUCAUAUUACUGUGUGAGAUUUUGUCUUCUUAGAUGUACAAAAAAAAAAAUCACAAGGAGUACUGUAUGAAAUUGUAAUUAUAGAAAUCAGAUGCUGUAAAGGUGUUGCCAAAUGCUUUAGCAUAUCAAAACCAAGUUUAAAAAUAUUUUUAAACAUCUCAAAAUGUACUGUGACUUAUUCUGUUGCACAGGUGUAAAUUAAAAACCAGACUUCUAAGCAGUUGUUCUAUACAAAUGUAGUAAACAUGAAAUUUUAGCAAAUACGUAUGUAAUAAGAAUAGAGAGUCACUGGGGAUAACCCAUGCCCUGUUAUAGGGGAGGUGGUCAAAAUAGCUCUCUCUUUCCAUAUUUUUCUCUUUUGUGCUUAGUUAUACUUUAGUUGUUUUGUUCUUGUAUUGUCCCUUACCUUUCACGUUAAACAAAUUUACCUACUCAUCUUCUCAGCAGUCCUAAUCUUGCCAAAAUAAUGCUGCAAGUUAUCAUUGUUGUAAUGCAAAUAUCAUUCACGUAACGGCUACUGAGGUCACUGAGUACUUUGAAACCAGUAAGACUUACAGAACCUGGAAGUCUUCGUGGACCUUGUAGCUUCAAACAUGGUUUGUGUAGAGGUGCAAUAUUUCAUUAUAAAGAACCUGGAUGCUUAUCCAACUUUGUAAUAAACAAUUUGCUAAUAUGCAGUUGUCUAAUCAGGCUUACUUUUGGAUAUUCUGUGUAAAAGCUUACUGUUUUCCGAGUAUUGUAUGGAAACUUUACUAAUUGGCUGGGGUGGAGGGCAAGAAGAGAAUGUUGACAUUUUUUUAUUAACUAAUAGUAAAAUAAACAACAAACUUUGUAAGUUGCCUUUCCCUUGAAUGCAUUUUGUGUGAAUAAAACUAUGAAAAAGAAAUUAAAUUAUAUGUAGCCGAUUUGUAAACUAAGUAAUAUUCCAACAAUACACUGUGCUUCUGAUUUCAAGGCCUUAUGUAGUUUAAUUGUUCUGCUUGGAUUUUGUGAUUGCAACUAUUGUAUACUUAAAUGUAACUUCAAGUAUUGUGAAAACUUUGGAUAAGAUGUGUUGGUUAACAGUAAACAAUAUUACACACUU